UUAUGCAGACUUGUGGUGAUAUGGUCACAUCAACAAACGAAAACUCAACUCUCUCUCUUCUGUUCUGAUUCUCCUCUUUUUCUCUAUAAAUUCCGUUAACUUCCGGGGUUUUGAUUUGUGAAUCCCACAAGUCUUUUCAUAUGAAUUUUCUGGGAUUUCUUCUCCCUCGUAAUGGCUCUCUCUUCAGCCGUUUCCGCUCACUAGAAUUCGACUCUCACGUCCUUCCCAGAGCGUUAAUCACCUAAUAUCCUGACAAAAUGGAAAUCGAGUUGAAAGAAUUCGGGCAAGAGCCGCAAUUGAAAUGUACCGGGAGGUUUGCUGUUGAGACCAAUAACUUAAGCCCAUGGAAGACGAUCCCUCCAGCUCCAGCAUGUGCUAGUUAUGUGAAGGACUACAUGACGGGAAGGGGUUACUGUAUCGAUCUUGAGAAGGUCUCCCAGGAGGCGAUUGCAUAUGCGAGGAGUGUCCAGUUGGUUGGGGACGGGAAGGACGUCUGGGUUUUUGAUAUCGACGACACACUGCUAUCGACUCUUCCGUAUUAUGCCGAGCAUGGUUAUGGUUCAGAGGCUUUCAAUGGGCGCGACUUCGACAAAUGGGUGAACAAGGCUAUUUCACCCGCCAUAGAGUCCAGUUUAAAGCUGUAUGAAGAGGUACUGAGGUUGGGAUUCAAGGUGUUCUUGUUGAGUGGGCGGAAAGAAAGGCGGAGGGGUGCUACAGUUAAGAAUUUGAAAAAUGCAGGAUUUCAGAAUUGGGACAGGCUUACGUUGAGAAGCUUGGAUGAUGACGGAAAGACUUCUACUUUAUACAAGUCAGAAAAGAGAACUGAGAUAGCGAAUGAGGGAUAUAGAAUUCUCGGGAACUCUGGAGACCAAUGGAGUGACAUACUUGGUUCUUCCCCAUCCAAACGCUCUUUCAAGCUUCCAAAUCCUAUGUAUUACAUUCCUUGAUGGUCAGCUUGCUAACGUCAGUCAAUUCAAAUGCAACGGCAUUCAAAAUUCCAAAGGUGAUGAAGGCAGCAUAAUCAUACCUGUUAACACAAAUACUGGUAUAAACUCUGAAUUCAUGAUCAUCGUCCAUCGAUAUCUGAAUAUUCUUAUUGGAAUGAUUUUGAUGCAGUAUGAUACUGAAUCGGAAAAGUGAUUUAGAAGACACGUCUAAGCCCAGAAGCGAGUCAAUGAUUCACUCCUUAGUAUGUUCAUGCAUAUGUAUGUCGUAUAUAUACUCAUCAUAAAUCAUAAUAAUGCAGUGAGGAUAUUGUUAUAUGGCAAAAUGCAAUCGUCCAUCAUCCACAGAGCAUGGAUAAUUUCUGCAACUUCUCAUCAUUCAGGAACCCCACCUAUGCAAAAAAGCUGACCAUCCUGUCUAUGGACUAAGUAGUAAGUACAACUUCCAUUU